AUGGGCUUCUUGAGAGUGCUUUUGGUAAUGUUGGUUUUAUUAAACUCAAUUCUUGGUGGAGCACACAGAUUGCACAAGGUCUUCAAUGUGAUUCAAUAUGGUGCAGUUGCAGAUGGGAAAACAGAUAAUGCUAAGGCAUUUGAGAAAGCAUGGGAAGAAGCAUGCAAAUGGAGGGAAAAGGCAAUGGUGUUAAUCCCAGAGGGAACAUUCAUGAUAAGCAAAGUGCUGUUCAAGGGUCCCUGCAAUGGCCCUAUAAAUUUUAGGCUAAGAGGUGUUUUGAAGGCACUGCCAGACUUGUUGAGCCACCCCAAGUGGAUAGGGUUCAGAUACAUUGACAGAUUGGUGGUGGGGGGCAGAGGGGCCAUUGACGCCCAAGGCUCUUUUGCUUGGACUCGUAAUUUUUGCAGUGUCAAUACCAAUUGCCAAACUCUCCCUCUGUCAAUGGGAUUCGAUUUUGUGACCAACUCGAGGAUCCACCGCAUAAAAUCAAUAAACAGUAAGAACACCCACAUCAACGUGUUUGCCUGCGACAACUUGAACAUCAGCAGAAUCAAAAUACUAGCCCCGGACCACAGCCCCAACACGGACGGCAUUCGAAUCGGAGAGUCCACGCGCAUCAAGAUCUCCCAGUCGGAGAUCGGCACGGGGGACGACUGCAUCGCCAUGCUUCCCGGCAGCAAAGAUAUCCUGGUUUCGGAGGUCGUCUGCGGGCCGGGGCGUGGCAUCAGCGUGGGGAGCUUGGGAAAGUACAGGAACGAAAAAAAUGUGAAGGGAAUAAGGGUGGAAAGAAGCACAUUUGUGGGAACGGACAAUGGAGUGAGGAUCAAGACAUGGGCAAACUCUGCAAUUGACAAUGUUGCCUCUCACUUUGUCUUUGAAAAUAUUCAUAUGAAGAAUGUGUCCAAUCCCAUCAUCGUUGAUCAAGAGUACUGCCCUUACCCUCCUUGCGCUGAAGAGGGUCAUAUACAAGUGAAGAUCACAGACAUAACAUUCAAGAACAUAUGGGGGACGUCACGGUCGAAGAAUGCAGUGUUGCUACGGUGCAGCCCCCGAGUGCCUUGCCGGAACAUCAAGCUCCACGACAUCAACUUGUCCUACAUCAACAAUGAGGAAGGCUCCGCCACCUCCCUCUGUGCCAAUGCCGAUGGCGAGGCCUCCGGUCAUCAAAACCCUCGCCCUUGCAUUUAA